AGUCCCGGAUCAAAGAGGCAUUCAAUACUGGUGAAUGAGGGAUCCAACGGGGUUCAGCACGGUCCAAACUGCAAAACCACAGAGUACGAAGACCCAGGGACAUAAGCGACACGUGGUGACAGUGAGCAUUUAUUCCCCCUCUUCUCAGUACAGUCAGAAAUAAAAACACCUUCCCAAAAGUACAAGCGUGCGAUAUGAGGAACACAAACACUGUUCGGUGCAGCUUGAUAACAGAACUGUGUCGUGCAAUCUUUAAUUGUGUUGAACAAAUUUUCAAAACAAUCUUUUGUAUUUUCCCAAAACACACACCAAAAUGAUUAAAUACGGGAAAUCUACUGUUACAGCGUCAUCUCUCUGUGUAAACUGAGGUCAGAAGGGCCGAGCGUGCUUCUAAUCACCUUAACUAAGGAUCUCAGCAGUCAAAUGACCGGUGCUGCGGAGUUUAAUUCACAUCGUGUGGGAUAAGCGCACUUUCCCCGCCAGGCGACCUCGCGCGAGGCUCCUCCCUCCCCGCUCGUGGCUGCUUCUGCAUGCAGCGCGCGGAGUCACGGCUGGAGUCACGCGGUAUUCUGGGAAACGCCGAGUCAGACUCACGCUCGCGGCACAAACGGAUGGUCUUCAAUCACUUGCGCGACACGGAAAAGGGUCCAGGCAGCCAGUUAUGGCUCUGUGCAACGGCGAAUCCAAGCUUAAUGCCGAAUCAAAGGAUGGCUCUUCUGGCCGCUUCGAGGGCGCCGUGGCGAUCCUGGAUGCCGGCGCGCAGUACGGGAAAGUGAUCGACCGGCGCGUGAGGGAGCUGUGCGUGCACUCGGAGAUCCUGCCUCUGGAGACGCCGGCCUUUGCUCUCCAAGAGCAGGGAUUCAGUGCGAUCAUCAUAUCUGGGGGUCCAAACUCGGUCUAUGCAGAAGACGCUCCCUGGUUCGACCCCGCCAUUUUCACCAUCGGAAAGCCGGUGCUGGGAAUCUGCUAUGGAAUGCAGAUGAUGACUAAAGUCUUUGGUGGCACAGUGAAUAAGAAAACGAUUCGGGAGGACGGGGUGUUUAACAUCAGCCUUGAUACUGCCUGUUCCCUUUUCAGAGGCCUCCAGAAGGAGGAACUGGUGCUGCUGACGCACGGCGACAGCGUGGAUAAGGUGGCCGACGGGUUCAAGGUGGUGGCGCAGUCGGGGAAUCUCGUGGCAGCCAUCGCCAACGAGCAGAAGAAGCUGUUCGGCACGCAGUUCCACCCGGAGGUCGACCUGACGGAGCACGGCAUGGAAAUGUUCCGCAACUUCCUGUUCGACAUCUCCGGCUGCAACAACGGCUUCACCGUGCAGGGACGCGAGCAGACCUGCAUCCAGGAGAUCCAGGAGAAGGUGGACAAGGCCAAAGUGCUGGUGCUGUUGAGCGGCGGGGUGGAUUCCACCGUGUGCACGGCACUGCUGAACAAAGCCCUGAACCAGGAGCAGGUGAUUGCUGUCCACAUCGACAACGGCUUCAUGCGCAAGAGGGAGAGUCAGAUGGUGGAGGAGGCCCUCAUUAAGCUGGGCAUCAACGUCAAGGUGGUGAAUGCAGCUCACACCUUCUAUAAUGGUACGACGACACUGCCCAUCUCGGAGGAGGACAGAACACCCCGGAAACGAAUUAGCAAGACGCUAAACAUGACCACCGACCCAGAAGAGAAGAGGAAGAUCAUCGGAGAUACCUUUGUGAAGGUGGCCAAUGAGGUGAUCGGGGAGAUGAACCUGAAGCCAGACGAGGUUUUCCUGGCCCAGGGCACGCUGCGGCCGGACCUGAUUGAGAGCGCCUCCACCAUCGCCAGUGGCAAGGCUGACGUCAUCAAGACGCACCACAACGACACGGAGCUGAUCCGCAAGCUGCGUGAUGAGGGAAGAGUAAUCGAGCCGCUGAAGGAUUUCCAUAAGGAUGAGGUGCGGAUGCUGGGUCGAGACCUGGGGCUCCCGGAGGACAUUGUGUCCAGACACCCCUUCCCAGGUCCCGGUCUGGCCAUCAGAGUGAUAUGUGCCGACGAGCCCUACAUCUGCAAAGACUUCGCUGAGACCAACAACAUCCUGAAGAUUGUUGCAGACUUUUCCGCCAGCGUCAAAAAGCCCCAUGCCUUGCUGCAGAAGGUAAAGUCCUGCAUAUCAGAGGAGGAAGAAGAGAAACUUAUGCAGAUAACCAGCCUUCAUUCGCUCAAUGCCUUCCUCCUGCCGAUAAAAACCGUGGGUGUGCAGGGAGACUGCCGGACGUAUAGCUACGUCUGUGGGAUUUCCAGCAGAGAUGACCCCCACUGGGGGUCACUCAUGUUCCUGGCAAGAAUCAUCCCCCGCAUGUGUCACAGCAUCAACAGAGUGGUGUACGUGUUCGGGCCCCAGGUCCGGGAGCCGCCCGCUGACAUCACGCCCACCUUCCUGACCACGGGUGUGCUGGGAACGCUCCGUCAGGCUGACUACGUGGCUCACUCCAUCCUGUGGGAGUCAGGUUACGCCGGGAAGAUCAGCCAGAUGCCGGUCAUCCUGACCCCCCUGCACUUCGACCGCGACCCCCUGCAGAAGCAGCCGUCCUGUCGGCGCUCUGUGGUCAUCCGCACCUUCAUCACCAGCGACUUCAUGACCGGCAUUCCCGCCACACCCGGAAAUCAGAUCCCGGAGGAGGUGGUGCUGAAGAUGGUGACGGAGAUCAGGAAAAUCCCUGGGAUUUCCCGAGUCAUGUUUGACCUGACGUCCAAGCCUCCAGGGACCACCGAGUGGGAAUGAAAUGCGCGGAUCCCAUUUUAUCUUUUAACACCUUUCCUGCCUCAUCCACCAAUACACUGCCCCCAAGUUACCAGGCCCCUCGCCCCCCCAUGACAAGAACAUUCCCAAUGUUGCCAGGCAAUACUGUGACCAGCAGCACACCUGAAGACAAUAGAAUACCCCAUCUAGGUGUUUUUUUUUCCUUGGGGAAAGGUUGUGUUCAUCUUUUUUUUUUUUUUUCUUUCCCCCUUGUCAAUGUAAUCAACAUAAGGCUAACGCUACAUCUCUAAGAGCUCCGAUGCUGGGUGUGGUUAAGGCUAACGCUACAUCUGUAAGAGCUCCGAUGCUGGGUGUGGUUCAGCCACUGUCUUCGUCGUUUUUUUAAAAGAAAAAAACCUUGUUCUUCUGUGUCACAUUUUUUGUAUAAUUCUGAAGUGGUUUUGGGUUUGUGUUUCCCUUUUUUUAUUGCCAAAUUGCAGAAGUGGGUUUGACUGCCUUCCCCUCCCAGUGCUGUAAUAAACUCUCUGCUAAGAACACUGUACAAACAUCCUACGUCUCACGUACAACUGCUGUACAGGGCUGCAGUCAUGUGGCUCUGUGUCUGCCCCAAGUGUGCAAGGUGCCCUUUAUCCAUCUCGCAAUAAGUGCUUUCACAAGAAAAUUCUGCUUCUGUCAUUCUCCAGAAAAAAUCCCGUGCUCCUCUUUCAUGACACCUACUCCUAUCGUGUGUCUCACUCUUGUAGGCCCUGUUGUGACCCGGGUUCGAGCGUAAACCCUUUAGUGUCUGUUUUCCAUACCGACCGUGUACUCUGACCUCAGAGACGUAACUUAUGACAGCUCAGUUUUAUAACGUGAGUUGAAGCUUGUAUUUUAGGUAUUUAUUGUCUUUGUACUUACGAUUCCGUGCGGUGUUCAUCAAAACAGCGAGAAAUCAAGAUGGACUUCUUUCAUGUCUUAAUCGCAACUCUCGCUCUUAAUGUCCGCUGCCUUCCUCCGUGUAAAACUAAGCAGCAUCUUACAGCUAGUGAACUCGUUGAUUUUGUAGUUGCAUUUAACUGCAAUAUAAACCACAAUUUUGAGUUUAAUUUAUGCAAUUUUGUGACUCAUUUGCCUUCAUCUUUAUAAGACCGACCUUUUUUCCCUCUUUUUAAUGUGCCUCAACCGCUGCAUGCAGUUCCAACAUUGAAAUUUGUACGAUGAUAAAAUCAAGCUUUAAUAAAGAUGUUAGAAAGUA